AUGUCGCCGGAAAGUGACAUCACGAUGCCAUCUCCGGCAUCUUUCCGUCUCCGGUGGGAUGUGUUCCUGAGCUUCCGCGGCUCCGACACCAGGGAGGCCUUCACGGAGGACCUCCACGGCGCUCUCGAAGCCGCUGGCGUACGCGCCUUCAUCGACAACGAAGGAUUACAGCGUGGCGACUCGAUCUCGCCGAGUCUGGUGGAAGCAAUCGCGGAUUCCGCGGCCGCCAUUGUUAUUCUCUCGCCCGACUACGCUUCCUCGCACUGGUGCCUUGAGGAGCUGGCGAAGAUCUGCGAGUGCGGUUGGAAGCUGGUGCUGCCCGUUUUCUACCGGGUUGACCCGUCUCAUGUCCGAAAACAGAAGGGACCUUUCGAGAAGGCGUUUCGGUUGCACGAAGAGAGUGAGAGGUUUAGGAAUAAGGUUGCCAGUUGGAGGAGUGCUAUGAACAAAGUUGGUGGAAUUGCUGGUUGGGUUUUUGGUGAUCAUAAUAGCAACAAGGAUCAGUUAAUUCGAGUUUUGGUGCAAACGGUUUUGAAGCAGAUGAGGAAUACUCCAUUGACAGUGGCACAGUAUACAGUUGGGCUUGAUGACAGAGUUGCAGAGUUAAGGAAGUUAGUUGACGUAAGAUCCAGUGAUGUCAAAGUGAUAGGAUUGUAUGGAAUGGGAGGGGUCGGUAAGACAACUCUGGCCAAGGGACUCUUCAACAGCCUUGUUGAUCAUUUUGAUAGACGCAGCUUCAUCUCAAAUGUUAGAGAAGUUGCAAACAAUGAAGAUGGUAUGGUUUCACUCCAGGGAAGAAUUCUUGGUGAUCUUUCCCCUGGAACUGAGAAUCCCAUCAAUGAUGUUAAUGCUGGUAUUUCUGCGAUCAAAAGAAUUGUAGAGGAAAAUCGAGUUCUGGUUUUUCUUGAUGAUGUUGAUGAUGUAAAACAGCUUGACUCAUUAAUUGGUAAGAGAGAAUGGUUUUCUAAAGGAAGCUGUGUUGUGAUUACUACACGGGACAGAGCCGUUUUACAGGAGAGGUAUGUUAAUGUGAAGUAUGAGGUGAAGGAAUUGAAAGAGUCUCAAGCACUGGAAUUGUUCUGUUACCAUUCCAUGAGAAGAAAGGUUCCUGCUGAUGGUUUUCUCAAUCUCUCUCAACAAAUUGUGUCUCUUACAGGAGGAUUGCCUCUGGCUUUGGAAGUUUUCGGCUCAUUCUUAUUCGAUAAGAGGACGAUUAACGAAUGGAAAGACACACUGUUGAAGCUUAAAGACAUUCGACCGGAUAAACUUCAAGGUGCUCUGAAGAUCAGCUUUGAUGCCUUGGAUGAACAAGACAAGUGUGUGUUCCUUGACAUUGCUUGCUUGUUUGUGCAAAUGGAAAUGAAGAGGGAUGAUGUGGUUGAUAUACUGAAUGGUUGUGGUUUUAGAGGGGAGAUUGCAAUAACGGUCUUAACUACAAAGUGUUUAAUUAAGAUCAUUAAGGAUGGUGUAGUGUGGAUGCAUGAUCAGGUUAGAGACAUGGGAAGGCAAAUUGUUCAAAAUCAAAGUAUUCUAGAUUGUGGUUCACGUAGCAGGUUAUGGGAUCGUCAUGAAAUCUUGGGUGUCUUGAAGAAUAAGAAGGGAACAAGAAAAGUUGAAGGUAUUGUACUUGAUUGUGUAAAGAGGAGUCUGGCUAAACCUAGAGACCGUACUGCUGAAGAGAUUACCUGGGACAAUUUUCGACAAAUGCCAGGUUACAAAACAGCAUCAACAUAUAUGAAGGCAAAGUAUAAGAACUAUGUGGAGCAUAGAGGAGAGAAAGCAAAAAAAUUUACACUUGAUACAAAGGACUUCCAACCUAUGGUUUCCUUAAGGUUGCUUCAAAUUAAUUAUUCAAGACUUGAAGGACAGGGCAAAUUUCUGCCUCAAGGAGUAAAGUGGUUACAAUGGAAACAAUGUCCUCUAAAGAACAUGUCUUCUUCCUAUUAUCCAUUGGAACUUGCCGUGCUUGAUCUCUCGGAAAGCAAGAUUGAAACACUGUGGGGAAAGCAUCAUAACAAGGUAGCUGAGUGCCUGAUGGUUUUAAACCUCUCCAGUUGCCACCAUUUAGUUGCAAUUCCGGAUUUAACUGGUUACCAUUGUCUAAAAAAGAUUGUAUUGGAGAACUGCACUGCUUUAACUAGGAUUCAUGAAUCAGUUGGAAAUUUAAGUACCCUGGUUCACUUGAACUUAGGCACAUGCUAUAACCUUGUUGAGUUACCUAGUGAUGUCUCUGGGUUGAAACAUCUCGAGGACUUGAUUCUUUCUGGAUGUUGGAAAUUGAAAGCAUUACCAAAGGACCUAAGCUGCUUGGUCUCUUUAAGAAAGCUUCUCAUUGAUGAGACUGCCAUAACUGUGUUACCUGAUUCCAUCUUCCACCUCACCAAACUGGAAAAGUUGAGUUGCAGUGGUUGCCGUCUUUUGAGAAGGAUACCCACCAGCAUUGGGAAACUCUGUUCUCUGCGAGAAUUAUCACUAAACCAUACAGCUUUGGAUGAAUUACCUGAUUCUAUUGGAUGUUUGCAGAAUCUUGAGAAACUUGGUUUGGUUGGGUGUAAGUCCCUCUCUAUUAUUCCAGAUUCUGUUGGGACACUAAUUUCAUUGACACAUUUGUUUUUGGAUGUCAGUGGAAUCAAAGAGUUGCCUGAUUCUAUUGGUUCUUUAUCAUAUCUAAGGCAAUUGUCUGUUAGUGGCUGCACUUCUCUUGGUGAAUUGCCUAUGUCAAUAAAGGCAUUAGUCUCUCUUGUUGAGCUUCAUUUAGAUAAGACACCAAUUACUAUUUUGCCUGAACAUAUAGGGGCCAUGAAAAUGCUACAAAAGCUUGAGAUGGCGAAUUGUAAAGAUCUCAAGUUUCUACCUGCAUCGAUCGGAGACAUGUCGGCCCUUACUGCCUUGGACAUGUAUAACACUAAUAUUACUGAAUUGCCAGAGUCAAUUGGAAUGUUGGAAAAUCUUAUUCAUUUAAGGAUAGACAUGUGCAAAGAGCUCAAAAGGCUUCCAAAAUCCUUGGGAAAUUUGAAAUCUCUAUGCUGGUUACAGAUGAAGGAAACAGCAGUUACACAGCUACCUGAUAGCUUUGGGAUGCUUUCAAGAUUGGUAAAAUUAGACAUGGAAAGAAGGUAUUACCUCAAUAUGGUUGAAGACAAGAAUACUGAAGAACCCAAUUCAGUCGGAAUCUUAAGAAGUUUUUGUAAACUAACCUUGUUGCAAGAGUUAAAUGCACAUGGAUGGAGAAUAGCUGGAAAAAUCCCAGAUGAUUUUGAAAAGUUGUCAUCACUAGAAACUCUAAAUUUAUGCCACAAUAAUAUUAUCAGCCUUCCAGCCAGCAUGAGAGGCCUUUCCUGUCUAAAAAAGCUUUUGUUGUCAAAUUGCACUCAGCUCAUUUUUCUGCCAUCUCUUCCCUCUAGCUUAGUAGAGGUCGAUGUUGCGAACUGUAUUGCAUUAGAGCGCAUAUCUGAUAUUUCAAACUUAGAUAACAUAGAGGAGUUGAACCUUACAAAUUGUGAAAAGCUGGAAGACAUACCAGGUAUUGAGCACUUAAAGUCCUUGAGAAGAUUGUACAUGAGUGGAUGCAUUGGAUGCUCCCAUGCUGCGAUGAGAAGAUUUUCCAAGGAUCUGCUUAAAAAUUUACGGAUUUUGAUUAUGCCUGGAAGCAAAGAUAUUCCAGAUUGGAUUUCAGGAGAAUCAAUUAUCUUUUCCAAGAGAAGGAACCGUGAGCUUAAAGGUAUUAUUUGUGCCGGUGUACUCUCUUUCGACGGUAUACCUGAAAACCAAAGAGAUGCCUUGCAGAUAGUGGAUGUUCAGGCAAAAGUCUUCAAUUUGACUGAUAAUGUAUAUAGCACUACGUUUCGCCUGUUAGGUGUACCUAGGACAAAUGAAGACCACAUCUUCUUGCACAGAUUUGGAGCUCAUACUUCAUUGGUUCACCAGUUGAAAGAUAAAUACACCUUGCAUUUGACAAAGCGGAAUGCACCCUUUGUUCAGGAAUUGAAGCUGAAGAACUGCGGAAUUCAUUUGGUCUUCGAAGGUGAUGAUGACUAUGAAGGAGAUGAAGAAUCACUAGAUGAAAGCCAAUAUUCGGUGUCACAAAAAUUAGCCAAGUUCUUCAACUCUUGUUAUUGCCCGAGAUCGCAUUUGCAUGUGAAUACAAGUACGUCAAAUGAACCACUUGAGAUCGGGAGGAGUAUAACAAGAAGCACAGUUCCAGACCCAUGGCUUCGUUCCAUCUUUUUUAGUGCGAUAUUUUUGUGUGCUUUGAGCUAUUUAUACUUAAGAUACCUCGAUUUUUGAAGAAUGUUGAAGAAUUCUUUCCAAUUUUGAUCUGCUUAUGGCAUAUCUUCUCAUGUUUUUUGAACCCUAGAUAUAUUGACUUGAAAAGAAAAGCAAACCUAAACAUUAAACACGUAUAUGAGGUACAUUCUUUGUCAAUGAUACAGU